AUGGCGGAGUAUAGUGUUUAUAGGAUUACUUGGAGUCAAGAUCCUAGAAAAUUCACAAUGAAGUACCCAUAUAAGAUUAUUGUAUUUAUAGUUUUGGGCUGCAUGCUAUUUAUGCUAUUUAAUAUUCGUAAUAAAAACAAUGCAGUGAACAAGAACAAAAGUACUGACCCAUUGAUGGAAAUUCCCAGGAGCAGCAACGGUGAAUUAUUUACAAACAAAACUGGAGCAAAAAUUGUUAAUGAAUCAAAAUGGGAAAUAUCAAAUAUAGUAAAGAAUAUCAGCACAACUCUACCAAACAAGUAUCUGGUUAGGGUCUACCAAAAAGACAAGCCAGUUGACGAAAUGGAUUUUAUCCAAAGGCAGUCAAAAGUCGUAAUGAAUUCAACGAUCGAAUUACCCCAACAAAAAAGAUGUGCAGUUAUCGGUAACAGUGGUAUUCUUUUGAACAGUGGAUGUGGAGAUGAAAUCAAUUCUCACAAUUUUGUUAUUCGUUGUAACAUUCCAGCGAUUAGUGAGUUUACUCGGGAUGUUGGAUACAAAACGAAUAUGAUGAUUGUGUAUCAAAAAACGGCCCUUGAACUUUACAACUUUUCAACAAAUGGCUCGAUGCCUGAAGAUUUUCGUCGGAGGUGUCAGGACCUGAAUGAUUCCAUAAUAUGGUACCCUGGUGUUUUCUCAAGCAGAAUAAGGAACGUUUGGAAAACCAAUCUCAACUACCUGAGGUCAACGUUGCACAUACCAGCGAUAUUUGCUUACACCACAGAUACUGACUUAACUUCUACUGUUAAACGGUAA